UGCUGAGGCAGGACCUUUCCAUUAGCUGGGCUGAGAGGAGAGAGGAGAGGAGAGGAGGGAGCGAUUCCGCCACCGCUGCUCUCUCUGCCAUUUUGUGCAAACCCUGGCAGCUUUCGAGCAGGGAAAUCGGGACUUAGAAAACGGACAGCCGUGUCAACAAUGAGCUGAUGUUGCUCUCUUUCCAGCAUUGACGCAGUGUAACCCCCUGUGGUGGAUGCAAGCGGACCAAAAGUGAGCGGGUACCGCAGGCAGACCCGGACAGAGGCCCAGUACAAACAUGUGUUCCAUGAACCAUCCAAACUGGGUGACUUUUGAGGAUGAGGGCACGCCUCUGUCAUCCCCUCAGAAGCCCCUGCAGUCCCCAGCUGCCAGCACCGGGUCAGUUCCCAGGCCCAAUGGCUUAAAGCUGAUGCUUCCCACUGUGGGAGACCCCUCCUGGAGCUUCUCCAGUCCCCUGGACUCACCCCAAAUACAUUUCAGCUUUAACGGGAGCUCCUGUGUGCCCAGCAACACCCCUCUCUGCACACCAGUGAGGGAGACUCCCAUCAGCCCCUCUCCCUUUCACUGUGGGCCCCAGGGACGCCACAACUUCUUCAACAGCUUCUCCAGCUCGUCCACCGCCACCCUGCCAUCCCCCGCUCCCGAGCAGCCCUCCCUGGAGGAUUCCAGCCUGUUCCCGGCCUUCCGGGACGACCCGGGCCAUUUCAACCCCUUCUGGAGUGAGUCCGGGCGCGCGGAGUCCGGGGGCUCGUCCUCGGACUCGGACUCGGGCUCUAGCUUGCCCCGCUUCUUCAUCCGGACCAAGGAUGGCUACGAGCCACCCCGCGACCCCAUCCACAGUUCUUACUCCUAUAUCUGCCACAAGCUGGAACGCCUGCGCGCUGAGGACGAGGAGGAGGACGGCAGGGGAGGAGGAGGAGGAGAAGGAGGGGAAGAGGAGGGCGGGGACGGGGAGGGGAUGGCACCCCACGUGGGCGGGAUGAGGGAUGUGGAGACGAGGGGCCGCCCCCCCUUCAUCCCCCAGGGCCUGUUCCGCAGCCAGAGGCGGGACGGCUGGCCCCUGAUGCUGCGCAUCCCCGAGAAGAAGAACCGCAUGUCCUCCCGCCAGUGGGGGCCCAUCUACCUGCGCCUGCUGCCCGGCGGUGUGCUGCAGAUGUACUACGAGAAAGGCCUGGAGAAGCCCUUCAAGGAGUUCCAGCUCCACCCGCACUGCCGCCUCUCCGCCCCCAAGCUGGAGAGCUACAGCGAGUCCCGCAAGAUCCACACGGUGAAGGUGGAGCUCGUGUCCUACGUCGAGCGCAAGCGCUACCACCCCAAGCCGGAGGUGACGCACGAGACGGAGGUGGAGCAGCUGCUGAAGCUGGGCACCACCGAGCGCGGCGACAUGGAGGACCUGGUGGCGUCUGUGGAGGAGGAGUUGAUGAUGCUGCCGGCACCCGCCGGGCAGCGGCGGCACUACGAGGAGCAGGAGCUGUCGCUGGCCAUCGUUGACCACCUCUGGGUGCGGCUGGACAAGGAGGGGGCCCUGCUGGAGAGGGCGGCCGUCACCCACAUCUACUGCCUGGCCUUCCUCAACGGGGCGGGCGAGUGCUUCCUGGCGCUCAACGAUGUGCAGCUGUGCCGCCGGGACCCGGUCUACGGCUCGGAGGAGGAGGAAGGCGAGGAGGCCUGGAUGGAGAUCGCCGACUGCCACUUCCACAGGUGCGUCAACGAGGGCGAGUUCCAGCGGUCCAGGCUGGUGAAGUUCGCCCCGCCAAGCGCCUGCAGGGUGGAGCUCAUGAGGUACAAGACCGUGUCCGUCGGCUCUGGAGAGCUGCCCUUCUCGCUGAAGGCUGUGGUCACUGUGCAGGGCGCCUACGUGGAGCUCCAGGCGUUCCUCAACAUGUCCUCCUCCUUCCUCGCCUCAGCGGGGACGUCGGAGCCUCCGCUCUCCUGCGAGAACGUUCUGAUCCAGGUGCCGGUCCCAGAGGACUGGGUCAAGGUGUCGCGCACGGUGGCCCUGCUGCGGCAGAAGUCCCUGAAGGCCCGGAUGAACCGGAACGCCUGCCUGGGGUCUGUCAGCGCUGCAGAGUCCCAGCCUGUCAUGCAAGUGUCUGCCGGCACCGUCAAAUACGAGAACGUCUACGGUGCCAUUGUGUGGAGGAUUGACAGACUACCUGCUAAGAACACAGCUGUGGACCACCCCCACUCCUUCUCGUGCAAACUGGAGCUGGGCUCGGACCAGGAGGUGCCCACCCACUGGUACCCCUUUGUAACCAUUGAGUUUGAAGUGGCAGAGGCAGUGGUGUCCAGGACAAAGGUGAAGUCUCUGGGUACAGAGAGCGAUAUCCAGCCACAGAAGCACUUGAGCAGCAAGGCACACUACCACUGCCAGGUGGAGAUCGAGAAGAAGUGUAUCGAGGUGGAGUCGCGGAGGCAAUCGGACUGUACGACACAAUGAUGUUCCAUGAAUUCGGGCGAGGAGGGGUCUCAACAGAAGAAAAUACAUCUCUGAUUCCCCAUCUCCUCCUGAAAUAAAGCGAGCGUCACAAAAAAUGAACUUGAAAGGGACAAAAAAAAAUGCGCUGGUCCAUACUGACAGCAUACCGAAGGCCUCUUGUACUUUUCCAUAGUGUAUUAUUUAAUCAUCAACACAUAUACAUUCCAUUAUAUUCCCAUUCUGUUGCUGUUUGUCAUAGUGUGGAUCAGCUGCUAAAAAAGGACCUGUUCUUUUUUCUUCUGGUGGCACAUUAGCUGAAGAGAAUGGAGAAGUUUAACACGAUAGUUUUAACGAUAUCAUUACUUUGCACAUCUGAUUACUCCUUGCCAUGACUAUUGAGUGUAAAUUCGAGACAAGUCAUACACUCCACCUUUUUGAUAGAAAAUUCUCUAAUGGUGUUUCACUGUAUUAGAGGGGAAACUAAAACAAAUGUAUCAUAGAUGCAUAGUGUAAUAUAGCUGCAGAAGGUUACCUAUAAAUCUUUGAUGGUGGGUUGUUAGCUAUUUUUUGAAACCCACUAGAGAAACUACCAAAUCGGCUGCCCUUCUUGCCUCUUACCGAGUGAACGUGAUACACUUUUUGCCGCACAAACAUUCAUUAUGUGAAUUUAGCGAUCUUUACCUUACAGUUUUCAUUACAGUAUCAUUUACGAUUUUCGGUUUUCACGGGACGGUCGUGUAAGAGCAUACAAAACAGUUUGCUCGUGAAGCCUACAUUAUGGUCGAAUUCUUUGAGGUGAUCGCAAAUUUUACAGCAGCGUCAUGGAAUGUAUUUAGAUACUUGAACACAAGGUAUGCGUAAUUUGAUACUAAGUUUCUGUGAGAUCGCGAUCAGUACGAAAAACGUCCAUAAAACGGGUCUCUACCUUUACGAAUGAGGAAGUGACGAUUGCCGCAAAAUCACCUGCACUUUCUUUUGAUAAGCAAAUAGCUAAUAACUAAUGCCCUUCAGCUGUACUUGAUGAACUUAGCCUACAAAGUUAAAGCAAGAAGGCUUCCAGAAACCCGUUUGGAUAAAGUAGCUAGAAAAUACUGAUCUUUCUUUUUUUUUUUGUAAGAGUGGAGUAAUAAUUGCACAUUAAUGACCGUUUAGAGCAGUAUAUUUAUAUGCCAUAACCACGGGAUACUGCGACAACGCCAAGAUGUCACUGUACGCAUGCGUUGCUAUUUCUGUCUUUCAGAUUCUGCAUAGAUUUAGCUAAACAUUGCGUGAAAGAUUUAGAUUCAGGAUUACUAGGAUUACUGAUCUGCAAAAGUGAUAACACGGUGUGCGUAACCUGAUACAAAUAAACCCAUGAACAGCAAACUCCCAACUUUGUAUUGAGUUUGUAUGCUUUAAAGAAAAAAUGUUGGAUCUUUUUUCGGUUGGUAUAGGGCAGGCUAAUCUGUUUAGUAUAAGGGAUACAUUGUUCAAGUGCAUUAUUAUUAUUAUUAUUAUUAUUAUUAUUAUGUCAUGA